CGAUCGACUGCACGCCUCAGCCCAAACCCCCCUCGCAGCCAAGCUGGAUACCCUCGUCCUCUCGUCGAUUCCGGGGUUGGCGGGAGGUCCCGGGCCUUCACCGCGGACGGCGCACAUCGGCAUGGACCCCUCCCACCCUACAAAAGACUCGUCCCCGUUCGGAUACACCUUCAAUGCUAGCGACUUCGCUGCCGCCGCCGAAGCCUUCUCGACCGAUGCGCCGCCCCUCCUAACCGAGAAUGAGAAUCGCAUCAUGACCGACUUCUUCUCCAACACCAACUACUUUACUGACGAGUACAACAUCGACCAUGGCUUCCACUCGCGGGAUGCCCUUCCAGACUUCUCCUGGUCCUACGACCAGCCGCCCACCGUCCAAGGCAUCUCGUCCACCUUGCCGAACCAGACGCAACCCAUGUCCGGCUUCCACAACGACCACGGCUUCGGCACAACUGCUGACAGGAGGACGAAUGGCAUAGCCUCCAACCACAACCCUCUCCCUAUCUCUUCCACUCUUUACAGCAAUACCCCAACUGCCAACCAAGCCCCUCAACACCCUCAGCAUGCGUCCAACUCCUAUCCCGACAGCGUCUUGUACUCGCUGCAGCCUAUACACGACUCUACCGGACCGUCCACCAGUCAUACGAGCCCAACAGCAACAUUUUACCAAUCCCCAACGGUGCCCACUUCGAACUCGAACUCCCACCUACCCGAGCAAUUAGCUCUAAUACCACGCCAUGACGAGGACGGGUCCAUCGGUGCCUCCAUUGCGGCACAAUUUGCGCAAAUACAACAGCAGCACACGUACCAGGUUCAGAAGACAGACAGCCAACGGCCUCGCCUAAGGCAAUACACAUACGGCACCGACAACUCGUUCAACCCGGCAGGCUACGUCGUCGCCUCACCGUCCGACACCGCAGAAGCCGUCACCAAACGGCUAAUGCACGACCUCCGUACCCUCGAGCCCGCCACCAAAGCCGUCAUGCCCAGCGCCGAGAACACCCGUCCAUCCAGCCCCGUGGUCCAGCGCAGCAGCACCCACGGCAUCUCGCGCCCGGCGCCCUCGGAGCACUCGGAAAACGACAGCUCCGACGACGACGACGGCCGUGCGCCCAAACGGCGGCGGAAGAGCAACCACCACUCCAGCCAAGCCGGCGACUCCGCCGACAACAACAACUCCAGCAACACCCACCGUAAGAGCAUCACUAAUAUCUCGUCGCGAAACGGCAAGCCGCGACGGAGCGCACAGGACGACGCCGCCAGCCGGAAGCGCAAGUCGCCCUCAGCGAGCCAGAAGGCGCAGCGCGAGAACCUCACCGAGGAGCAGAAACGCAGCAACCACAUCCUGUCGGAGCAGAAGCGGCGCAACCUCAUCAAGUCGGGUUUUGAGGAGCUGCACGAUUUGGUGCCUGAGCUGCGGAAUGGGGGGCUGAGUAAGAGUAAUGUGCUGAUGGAGGCGGCGAAUUUCUUGGACCAGCUCAUCAAGGGGAACGAGCAGUGUAGAAGGAUGCUUAAUGCGGCGUGUUGAUGAGGAGAGGAGGAAGUUGGGUUUCUGUGGUUGAAGUGAAGUGGAUGCGGAGUUUCUCUUUUUUUUCUUUCUUUGACGAUACCCCCCUUGGAGGACCUCUUUUGUUUUGGGGAAAAGAC